CAUUUGGUCGAGUCGAGCCCUAGGCCCAUUAGAAAUUAGGGUUUCUCGGUUUUAUAUUUAAGCUAAUUUUCCAUCGCAUUCCUUCGUUCUGUGUCUGCCUCACUCCGAACCUUCACUGUAUCUGGAUCGCUUGCUCCGUCGUCACAAGUGAAAAUGGUGGAGAAGACCGGCGCCGGUAGGAAGGAAGAGGUGGUUACCAGAGAGUACACCAUUAACCUCCAUAAACGCCUCCAUGGAUGCACAUUUAAGAAGAAGGCUCCUAAAGCCAUCAAGGAGAUUAGGAAGUUUGCCCAAAAAGCAAUGGGAACCAAUGAUGUUCGUGUUGACGUCAAGUUGAACAAGGCUAUAUGGAGCCAGGGUAUUAGAAGUGUCCCAAGAAGAAUCAGGGUACGCAUUGCUCGCAAGAGAAACGAUGAUGAGGAUGCUAAGGAAGAGCUCUAUUCUCUUGUUACCGUUGUCGAAAUCCCCAAGGAGGAGCUUAAAGGUUUGGGCACUAAGGUUAUUGACGAUGAAGAUUAAUGUGUUUUAGUUUUGUUAAAGCAAUUUUUGAGUUUAAUUUUGUUCAGACAUUGAGGAUAUGUUGUAUGCCAACAUUAAUUUUCAUUCUCUGUUUUAA